AUGGAAAGUGGUACAGCCACGCUGGGUGUCAGCGUGUUGAUUCCUCAAGAAACUAUCAAGAGAACUGCUAUAUUCUCCAGCUCUACUCUUUUGGAAAGAAUAGCCCAAUUUCUGUCUCAGGGACCGAUAUGGGGCAAAGGUACAGUUUGCACAAAGAAGAAAGUGGUGCAUAGAACAGCUACAGAUGAUGACCAAAAGCUCCAGAGUUCUCUAAAAAAAACCAACCUGGUUGUAAAUAACACAGCUGGUACUGAAGAAGUGAACAUGAUCAAAGAUGAUAGAACAGUUACUCAUUUCAACAAUCCCAAAGUCCAAGCACCCCUCUCUGCGAAUACUUUUGCAAUUACUUUGGCAGAAGCCAAACCAAUUAUAGAAAUGCUUCCUCGAGUAUUAAGUCAGCUUGGGGCUGGCAGCUUAACAAGCCUUGGAAAGUUAGAUGAACAGUUCCCACCAAAGCAAGUGUUGGAGAGCAAAGCACCAAAACCAGAGGACAAUGAUGAAGAGGAGGGUGACUGA